UGAUGGCACUGUCUGCAGUGCUUAGGGGAGGGUAUGCUACUGAUAUUUUGGUCUCAAACUAACCCUACUGUAACUCUAAUUACAACCUAACCCUAUUCCUAAUUGCAGCCUAACCCUAUUUGCAUUUGUCGGUAUUGUGAAUGUCGCCAUAUCACAGUAUCGACAUUUGUAACAUGUCAACAUCCUGACAAGAACUCGUUAGAGGCAUGUAUCAUUGAACUUACCCAAAAUGAUAAUUUGAUCCUCAGAUGUCUAGUUCAUUUUUUGUCCAUCUUUUCAGAAUGCUGUAUGGAAAGCCGAAUGUCUUGAAGCCUGUGUAUACAGUAUUUGUCCAGACUCUUAUUGACACUGCUGAAAAGUUCUUCAUGGUGGGACAUAAUGUUAGCUAUUACAUCUUUACGGACCGUGCUGGUGACAUUCCCAAUAUCACUCUCAGUGAGGGCAGACACAUUGUCAUCCUAGAAGUGCCCAGCUACAAGAGAUGGCAGGAAGUGUCAAUGAGGCGCAUGGAGAUGAUACGAGACUAUGCUCGCCAAAGAUUCAUCAAUGAGGUGGACUACUUGGUGUGCUCAGAUGUAGACAUGGAGUUCAUCGACCAUGUUGGGGUGGAGAUUUUAAGUGAUGUGUUUGGCACGCUACAUCCUGGCUACUACAGAGGACCUCGUGAACACUUCACCUAUGAGCGCAGACGAGAGUCUACAGCUUACAUUCCUAGAGAUGAGGGCGACUUUUACUAUGCAGGAGGAUAUUUUGGUGGUACGGUGGAGGAGGUCUAUAAGCUGACCAACUUCUGCCAUAACGCUACGAUGACGGACAAGGAAAACCACAUUGAAGCCAUCUGGCACGAUGAGAGCUAUUUGAACAAGUAUUUUCUUUAUCACAAGCCAACAAAAAUUCUCUCUCCUGAAUACCUCUGGGUCUUCAGUUACGGAGUUCCAACAUACAUUCAGAGAAGAAGAUUUCUGGCACUUCCCAAAAACCAUAAUGCAAUCCGGAACAAACGGGCAUUAAAGUACAAACGUCAACAAAGAAUUUUAUAGCUAAUAUUUUGGGGCUAUUGUAGAAUUCCCAUAAAGCAGAAUGAUAUGUGUUGGAAGCCUUAACUAUAUGAAAACUUGAAUUAACUUAUAGUAUUUUAUGUGUAAUUUCUUCCCAUAGGUGAGCCACAGCCAAGUGUAAACCAACAAUAUAGUUACAGUAGCAAGAAGUUAUCAUACAAAGUUCAUCACUUCUCCAAAUGCAGCUUUGGGUCCAAGGCCAUCAGUGAUUAAAGUUUCAGGACACAUAAGACGCAAUGGAAUGGUCCAUGUUGAAGUAUGCGGGAUUACUAUGUAUAACUGAGAAAUACCUGUGCUGUAAGCACCUAUUGACAAAUGGGUUUUAAUUUCAACAAUGUCAUAAAGUCACCCGCUGAACAAUAAAUGGGUUAUAUUAGUUGACCGACUCAUACGGUUGCUGAAAAUAAAGUGUUACAGACACCAUUCUAAUUCUAACUCACUCGGGGUAAAUUGCAAGUUGUUAGCAAGGGGAAGAGAUGAUAAUAGCCAAGUCAUUUUAAAGGGCCGGAUUCAGAUAUGUACACACAUAUUGUGUUCUUGCAGCUGUUAUUAAAAACGAAAACAAGUGA